UCAGGAAACACAUAGUGCCAAGAUUCAGACAAUUACACAACUGUGAGCUGAGUAAACAACACUGUGAAACAAGCCAACACCAAGCAGAAAGAUCAUGUCACACUAUAUUUACUUUCUUUUUUCCCUUGGUACGGCAGUAAGGCAGCACUGCAUGUAGCUUGUUCUCUAUUGACCUGAGUACCCUCUAAGGACCAGUGAGUGACACUCCAUUGCUGAGGAGAUGAAAUAAAAGACACCAUCGCAGGCACCGAGGAGACAAAUCACCUCUUGUAGUCGCAUCUUGCAUUUGAUGGAAGCGAUGGAAUCUUUUCUCAUAUUUCCUUUUUAUUAAGAGGAGCAUCAUACAAAAGACAUUAACAGAACUGAAAUAUAUCAGGACAGAUGCAGGUUAAUGGGUCAAAACUAACAUUCAUCUUGACCAUGGAACCUCUGGGCUUGUCUCCAUCAGCCGUCUAUCCAAUGUUCCUUCUUGGACUGGUGACCUACUGCCUCAUACUGGUCUUCAAUCUCACCCUCAUCCUCACCAUCACCCUCAGCAGGCAGCUGCACAAGCCCAUGUAUUUACUGCUCAUCAACCUGCCCAUCAAUGACAUCAUGGGAGCCACUGCCUUCUACCCUCAGCUGAUCCACAGCAUCCUCUCCCAGGAUCGCACCAUCUCCCAGGCAGCGUGUUUCCUCCAGGCAGUGUUAGUGCACCUGUAUGGUGGUGGUACCUUGCUCAUUCUGACUGCCAUGGCGUACGACAGGUAUGUCGCCAUCUGCUGUCCGCUCAGGUACAGUGCGAUCAUGUCUUCUGGCAAAGUGGCCAGGAUCAUUGCUGCUGUGUGGCUGACAGACAUCACUGGAAUUUUAACUAUCUUUUGUUUGUUUGUGAAGUUAAGGUUCUGCCGGUCAGCCAUUACAGACAUGUACUGCAACAAUCCCUCUCUGAUGAAACUGAUGUGUGAGGAUGUAAGCAUUAAUAACUACUAUGGCUUGUUCACUGCCUUUUUGUUGCAGAGCAUUGCAUUGUUUGCAGUUUUCUUCACCUAUAUACAUAUUCUGCUCACUUGUCUUCUCAACAGACGUGCCGAUACCAAGAGUAAGGCCAUCCGGACUUGUGGCACACAUUUAAUGGUGUUUUUUCUUUUUGAGCUCACCAACCUGUUUACUGUUGUGUCUCACCGAUUUGAUGAGGUGUCACCCUUUCUGAGGAGAUCUGUAGGAGUCUCCAUUUUGGUUUUCCCUCCCAUCCUUAACCCCCUUAUAUAUGGCCUCAACACAAAUGAAAUUCGAACAAAAGUGCUGCAUUUCUUAAUCAAUAAGGUUUCUCCCUUCUUCGUAAAGAGGUGUCCUGACAAGCAAACAUGUUAGACAUAAACAUUUAAAAAAUUUUUUACUUAUACAGAUUUUUGCAGUGAUGUUUUCAUUUUGGGAAACAAUCUUUAGAUAAAAUUUUUUUAAAAUUUUUACAAUAUGACUAAAUAUAAAAAAUAAUACAAUAACUAGCAAAAAAUUAGCCAUUCUACAUUUGUUACUACCCAACACAAAUAUUGAAACUAUUCAAAUGAAUUACUGGGAUUGCAGUAAAACAGAUGUUUUGUGACAGAAGUCUGAUUAAAUCAGAGCCCUGUAAUUUUAAUCUUUAUUUUUCCAGUCUUUAAGCUUCGGGUGUAAGUACGUAAAUGGCUGUUUUAUCUUGAAACACAGUACUACAGGUCGUCUUCGGUUCCGAUUGAUCGGUCCUCAGUCGAUCUGGUCGUAUGUCGACCCUUUAUUUUACAUGCAAACAUUAUCAUAUGUAUAGUACACUGUAUAAUAAAAUUAUAUCACCUUUAGGUAAUAUUGUUUGGUGUUUUAAAACUUUGUCACCCAUUUUCUUAGUUAAUUAUUGUUAUAAUAUAACUUUUGUAUCACCAUUUAAACUGCUAAGACACAAAGGGAUACGAAUAUACAGUCUACUGUACUGUGAUCGUCGCGAAGAGCAGGCUGAGCACCAGAUGAAUGAAUGAGCGUCUCGCGGGGACGCUCGCGCUGCGGGCAGUCAGGGCGGAAACUGUCAUUCACUCACGCGGCGCAGCACUCACGAUUGUAAAAUGGAUCAGUCGUAAGUCGCGUAGGUGGUAGUAGUAGUAGUAAUAAUAAUAAUAAUAAUAAUGCAUUUUAUUUGUUUGUAACGCACUUCAUAUUUCAGGUAAAUCUCUAAGUGCUCAGGUCGUAAGUCCUGACCUGUACAAUAACCUAGAAGCAAAGGGAGCUGACAAAUAAAAGUGUUAUAUAAAUAUAAAACAUUUUAGGCUGUACAGUUCUGUGUGUCUUUUUUAAAAAUUCUUCUACUAGUUGCUACUAAAUUUUCUAUAUGAAAACAUUUGCUGUGACAGUGUUGAAAUACAUUUUUCUGUUCUGAUUCUGACAGUAAGUGCUGGGCUCAGUUUUUUCCCCUAUAAAGUAUCCCGGUGCAGUGAAGCAUUACUGGUGAUGUUAUUUCCGGUAAUGUAUCCCAGUGAGAUAUUAAAUUACUUAAUUUUUAUUAAGUCUAAGUUGUCGGUAAAUGAAUGACACAUUUCGGCCUGCAAGUUUCACUCUGCUUGUAAUAGUGGGAGUCCUGAAAUUAGAGGUAUUUUAAAGCAUGAAAAAAAUAAACAUAAUUGUAUUAGUUUUUGUAGAAUAUGUAUCUGUUGUGAUGUUACAGCUUUAAUAAAGUUUAAAGGAUUUGCCUCUAACACAGACAUCUUAAUGUGCCUUUUGUCUGGCUCGUUCCCCAGUACUGUAGCCACUCCAGCCAAGUCUGUAAAUCAUCACCACUCUAAUACAGGGAUCCAGGCUGAUAUUUGAUCUCAUCAAGCUGCAACAAGCUUGUUAAAAAAAAAACCGCUCUAACACCUGA